UAGCGCCUACUGUUUCAUAAAAAAAAAGCUUAACCUAACAACAUAAUAUAAUCAAUAUUAUUUUCAGUUAAGGAGACAUAAUUUAUUAAAUAGCUCGCUCGUGAUCUUAUUCUAAAUUAUGGAAUUGAAUAAGUCCACGUUGUUGCAAAAGCAAGUGAAAGACAAUUUCGAAGACUUGCAAAGCGAGUUUUGUGAUAUGAAAAAUUGGGAGAAGAUGAUGAAACAAAAAGAACAAGAGUUAUUGAACGAAUAUAAUGAACAGCAAAUAUUACCUCCAGUUAGAAGCAAGAUUAAAAAAAGCCCUGUGACAAAAGAAAGCAAAAGUACUGAAAAUCCUAAGCGAAUAAAGUCAUAUGAUUUUGCAUCAUGGGACAAAUUUGAUGUAAGCAAAAUGGAUCAAGCUUGUAACGAUUUAGAAGGAGAAGCACAACCCAAUAAUUCAAAGAUAACUAUAUCUAAAGAUCAAUUAGAGGAAAAUCACAGAAUAGCAAUGGAGUACAAGGAGAAAGGCAAUUGUUUUGUACAACAAAAGAAAUGGGAUAAAGCAAUUGCUUUAUAUAGUAAAGCAAUAGAAAUCUCUCCUUUUAUUGCUACCUUUUAUGCAAAUCGUGCACACUGUUAUUUAAAGCAAGACAACCUAUAUUCAGCAGAACAAGAUUGUUCAUUUGCAAUACAAAUAAAUGAUACUUAUGUGAAAGCUUACCAUAGACGAGCAACAGCUAGGAUAGGAUUGAAGAAAUAUAAAGAAGCAAAACAAGACAUAGAGAAAAUCUUGAUAUUAGAACCUUCUAACAAGGAAACAAAAACAUUGCUUAUUCAAGUUAAUAAACAACUUGAAAAUUCCAAAACAGAUGUAUCUAAAGAAGAUAUAAUUGAUGACAUUCCGAUAGAAGAAAAGGUUGCUAAGAAGAUAUUGGCUGAAGUGAAAUCAAAUAAGGAAAUAAUAGACACCAAAGAAAAUAAUAAUAAGAAUAACAUAAAUAUAAAAUCUACUGUAAAACCAACAACUGUAACAAGCCAAGAAACCAAACCAUAUAUUCCAUAUUGGCUUCCAGAAAAAGAUAAUGUUAAAAUCCUAAAACUUGUUGGAAAACCACCUCAUUUACGUUCAAAGGAGCCAUUUAAAAAGAUUUCUAUACAAGAGGCUGAUUUAACUAAACCUUUCGAGAAGGAAAUUAACACAUGCAUUACAGUUAAAGAGUUGUUAGACAUACCUCCUGAUGAUACUGUAAAAUGCAAAGAAAGUGUUACAAAAUCUAAACCUGAAUUAGGAAAAGAUAUUUCUGAGAAUCAUCCGGAAGUACUUCCUAUUCCCAAAAGUGCAGUACAAUUUCUUACAAAUUGGAGGAAGUAUAUCUCGUCUGAUUUUCGAUAUAAAUAUUUAAAGCAAUUACCAUCAGGCAGUUUACCAAAUAUAUUUCAAGAUUCAAUGGAAAGCAAUAUUUUUAGUGAUAUAUUAACAGUACUUAAGACAAAGUUCAUAAAAAGACAGGAAUCUAUAUUUUCAUAUCUGAAGGAUCUUAGUAAUGUUAGGAGAUUUAGAGCACUCAUUAUGUUCACAAGUAAUUCUGAGAAGCAAGACUUGAAACAUAUGUUCUUAUAUUGUGAAACGUUCGAGAAGAUACCCGAGGAAGAACUUGCGGAAGUACGAAAUAAAUAUGAAAUUUAACAAGGGAUAAAUAAUAUGUACACAGCAAAUAUCUAAGUAUUAAGUACAUCUAUAAUAACUGUAAAACAUAAAUAAAAACAUUUCACACGUAAAGUAUCGUUUACAUGUGAAACUUUCAAGAUA